AUGAUCCACUUGACCUGCGGCUGCAGCAGCUCCAGCUGCCUCCUCUGGCGGUCGAUCUCCCGUCUGAAGCCCGACGCCUCCUGCUCGUACCCGGCCACGGCCUCCUCCACCGCCGCCAGCACCUCUCUGGUCGCCGAGCCCAGCCGCUCCGUGAUGAUCCCUCUCAGAUCACUUGUAUUCAUGUUUACUCUCUCUCAGACUGAUCUCCGCGGAAACAUCCUCUGCUGUGUGGUGGGAAUCGUUCACUUCCGGGUUAACCGAUUCCCUCUCUUCGCUCCAGCUCGUGUAACUUCCGGCGGAGUGACCGCGCCAGUUUGUUCCGAUGUAGCUAGUCCUACGGAUUACAUGGAUUACAACGCGUCCAAAAGCCGCCUGACGGGCGUCAUCACGGAGAAGCUGAGCACGGCCGCCUCGGAGAUCCUGGCGGACGUGGAGAUGACUUUUGUCCUGUACGAGGAGGAGGUUUCGGGCUUGAGGGAGGAAAUAGACCGUCUGAAGAGCCAACUGGAGCUGCUCCAGCCUCGGGUUAAAGAAGAGCCCACAGACGACCAGAUGCUGCUCCCUCUGUGUGGCGCUGAAGGAGCUGACGGAUGGGGGGACGGCGCUGACGGAUGGGGGGACGAUGCGGGACAGAAGAGUCAAAUAAAGCUGGAGGAUCCUGAGACCCCGACGAUCGUCUCCUACACCGGGUGGCUAACGGACGACCAGCACGUCGACAGGCCGGAUCCUGACGAAGCCUCGAGGUUGACUGAUGGGACCAAUAUGGUCGCCUCUCAUCUCAGAAACCUGGAAAACUGUGUGGAUCUUAAGAUCUGCAUCCUGACCGACUGGACCAUUGAGGAGGUCUCAGAACAAGUGGAUGAUCAGUACUCGGUUCACGAGAUGAAGUUUCGCUCAGGGCAGCAGGAAGCCGACUUCUUGAAGCUGCUGAGGUCCUUCUUCCCUCUGCUGGCCCCCAGCACUCCCUUUGAGUUCUUGAUCACCGACCCGACCAACCGGCUGCAACCUCUGGAGGUGCAGUCCUUCACACCGGAGCAGAUCUGCAGCGCAGCGGGAAACUCUGCCCUCUACAUCCGCCUGAAGUGUCCAGUUGAGCAGGAAGCAGGAAGUCGUCAGCAGCCUAUGCAGACCAGUGAUGACGACUUUAACGAUGAAGAUGCUCCGCCCAUGGAGCUUCAGCCUGCACCCGACGCCAACAGAAACGAGACUCUUCAGGAAAGGCCGGUUGAAAAUCAGCGUGGUCAUAAUGAGGACAUCGUUCUGAAGGUCCGCGUUAUAGAGGACCCCCGUAUUGUGGCUCUGUCAAAGACCGUGCUGAAGAGGUACAAGUCCAAGAAGCUCCGGUGUCGCCGUGGGAUGCAGGAGGCUGAGUUCCUGAAGCUGCUGACGUCCACCUUCCCCCAGCUGGCCCCUGCAACGCCGUUUGAGUUUUUAAUCACCAACAAGACCAAGAAACUGCUGCCUCUGAAAGUGGAGUCCUGGACGCCUGAGCAGAUCAGCAGCGCUGCUGGGAACUCUGCCCUCUACAUCCGACUGAAGUCUGUAGGGGGAAACAUCAAGUCCAGACUGAAAGAUCUGCUGGCAGACGCACCAAGAAAAAAAAAAGAAAACAAACCUCAGCUCAACGAAACAGACACCCACAUCAAGCUGAGGAUUCACGUCCUGGAGGACUCCGAUAUCGACGUCGUCACGUCAGAAGUGCUGAGGAAGUAUCGUCUGAACAAACUGGAGUGUCGCCGUGGGAUGCAGGAAUCGGACUUCCUGGACCUGCUCAGGUCCACCUUCCCACAGCUGGCGCUGUUUGAAGCCUUUAGGUGCGACCGCAGCGGGAAGCUGCUGCCUCUCCACCUGACGUCCUUCACACCUGAGCUGAUCUGCAAGGCGGCCGGGACGUCUGCCCUCUACCUGCGGCUCCAGCAUCCAGAGGAACCCAGUGAUGCAACAGAGGAGCCUCAGCAGAAUAACCAGGAUGGAGAGCGUUCACAUCCAGCCACGCCCAGCAACAGAAAUGAAAACCCCGACCCAGCAGACGACGACGACGCUCACAUCAACCUGAACGUCUGCUACCUGGAGGAGUCCCAGAUGGAUUCGUUUUCCUCUCAGGAAGGAGCUUCUUCCACCUUCAGCCCGCAGCUCCUUUUGCAGAAGUUUCCGAUCCAUGUGCUGAAAUGUCCCCGAGGUCUGCAGCAGCCGGACUUCCUGGCCUUCCUCAGAUCCACGUUUUCUCAGCUGGCUUCAGAUCAGCCCUUCAGGGUUUUUGCUCUUCAAGGCCAGAAGAUGCUGCAGCUGAACCUGAACAGCGUGAAUCCAGAGGAGAUCAGGACGACCAUCGACUCCCUGGAGGCUUCGGUCAUCUGCGUCCAGCAGCUGAAGAAUCCUCCUCCGAAAGAAGCCGCUGAAUCUAAAGAUCCUCAUCCAAGAACUCCACAGGCCAGAACUCAGUCACCCAGCAGGACGACCUCUGACCCAGAAGACCUGGUGGAGCUGAAGAUCUGCAUCGUGGCCGACCCCAUGAUAGACGUUGCCUCUCCUCUAGUGUUGCAGAAAUGCCCCAUCCUGAGGUUUCAGUGUCCCGGCUCCCUUCAGGAGGCCGAGUUCCUCCGCUUGCUGCGGACGACCUUCCCUCAGCUGGCUGGAGAAGCGCUGGACUUCCUGACCGGUCUCGGCAGCGACGUGAAGCCCAUCAACCUGCAGAAUCUGACGUCGGAUGACAUCAGCAGGACCCUGAGAUCAGCCAGCGGGUCUCUGCUCUUCAUCCGCCUGAAGGAGCAAAGUAACGCCCAGACCAGCGAGAAACGGAGUCGCGUCGACGUUUCUCCUGCCAGCAAAAAUAGAAUAAAACGAAGGAAAACAUCACAGAGUCGAUCCAGCGGAGCGUCCAGUGAGGACGUUGAAACCGAAGACAGUGAGGACAACGACCAUCAGAGAAAUGUGAAGUCCACCGAAGUCUUGGGUCUGGAGACCGUUACGGCCAAACAGAGCGGUCCUCCUGUGCAGGAGACGGACAAACAUCCUGAACCCACGGCAAACACGGACGACGAGCGGACGGACGACAGCGACGAUGAACGGUACAACCAACAUCCUCUGGUUUGCAAGCUCUCUCUCGGUCUCCCGCAGACGGGGUCGUCUGGGCAGAUUUCAGCGCCAGAAACAAAGACUGAACCUGCAGACCCAAUGGGACAGAAACCUGCAGCCGCGGCGGCGAACAGCCAGGGAGACGAUGGCGAAACGGAGGACAGUGAGGACUACCACGACCCUGGAAGCGCAGAGUCUUCCCGGCUGUCGUCGUUUCACCCCAGGAGGCCGGAGAAUGAAAUGAAUCAAGACACGAGCAAAAAACGCGUGAAGACGAAGAAGAAGAAGAAGAAGAAGGAGAGAGAGAAGGAAAGGAAGGAAAAGAGGAAGGACAGAGAGAAGAAGGGGAAGAAGAAAGAAAUCAAACUGGAAGUUGGAUCGACAAACCAGAGGAUGGAAGCGGUGCAAAUAGUUGAUGGUGAGGAUGGAGGUGAUAAAAACGCCACAGUCUGGUCUCUGCAGCCUUGGACGUUUGGUACAGAUGCAAAGAGACAGACAAGUACAGGAGCUGUGGAAACAGCAAAGAAGAAAAAAGUUGAGCUUUCACCAAACAAAGAGACGAACGGCAAGACAGAGGAGGUGGAAAUCAUCGACAUUGAGGAUGAUGAUGAUGGAGACGAAGCAUCUUCCCAGCCUCAGGUAUCUGGUCAAGAUGCAAAGCAGCAGAAAACCAGAACGGAAGACGGAGAUGAAGAGAAGCAUGCAGCAGCGAAGACGAUGGAGAACAUGGAGGCGGUGGAGAUAGUUGAUAGUGACGAUGGAGACGGGGAUGAAGACUCAUCGACUCCUCAGCCUCACGUAUCUGGAAGAGACUCGCAGCAAACCAGCGCAGAGGCAAGGAAGGUGUUGGAGAAUUCAACCCCCGGGCCUUCAGCUGCCAACACAGACGGCAGUUUGCCUCCAGCUGUUCAGAAGCCUCAGCAUCUGUGUGAAGUGUGCCAAACGUACCACCAGUCGAGGGGAAUCCUGAUGAGACACGUAUGGAGGAGCCACGUCAACAACCAGGGCCUCGUCUGCGGAGUCUGCCGCCAGCGCUGCGACUCCAACGCUGCACUCAAGGAACACCUACAGACUCACAAGAAAACCUACACCUGCAAGAUCUGCGGGAAAAUGUUCUUCACCAGAAGUGGCUGCCGGAGACACAUGAUCCGACACAAAGGGGGCGAUCCUGAGCAGAAGUAGCCUGAAGCCGUCUGGACGUCGUCUGCAGAAGAAAACUCAGGAAAAACGGCAGCAGAACCACAAAAAAACUGAAAAACCGUAACAGCAACAUCUGGAUAUCAACUCCUGUUGGCGUCGUUCAGCAGAAUCCAGGUACAAAAUGUCAGAAAAGCGUCUGCUCAGGCUGAGUUGGGUUUCCAGAGUUCUGGUUCGGUCCGGCGCACUGAAUGAAGGAGGAAACGUUUUUCCUUUGGGUCCUUCUUGUUCCUGUUACAGCUGUUCGUUUAUGUUUGAGGAGGAUUUCCUCUGCUGCUCCUCGCUGCCAUGUUGAAACUGUGACCAACUCACAGGUUUUGGUUUUGAAGCUCCGUGAAGUGGAAGCUUCUCUUUCCUGGGAGUUCCUCUCACUUGGGACGUUUCUUAAUAAAAAGUGACAAAACGGGUUCAGCAUAAAUUCCUGGAUAUUAUUGAGUUUUAUGAAGAUUUCAUAUUUUUAGGGUAAUGUCUGGAAACCCUGACUUUUUUUAAGUACCCAGACGAUUUGAAGCUGACAAGAGUUUUUCUUGUUGUUUUGAAUUCUGUUUGAGAUGUUCUUUGUUAAUAUUUUAAAUAAAUCCUUCAGUUUUUAGUUAUUGUAUUUCUGCCAUGCUGUGGUUUUUCAUUUGGUUGAACGGUGUACUGGACCACAAGAAGUGGCAUAAAUGAAGGCACAAUUAUUCACAAUUAUAUUCUCAGUUAUCAAACUUUA